AUGAAGCGGCUCACCAAGGUGAUGAUGGAUGAAGGUAGCGGCCUCAACAUCAUGUAUGCUGUGACGCUCGACGCCAUGGGCACCGACCGAUCGCGCAUCCGGUCAACCAGGGUGGUCGGGUUCCACGAGACCUACCACACCAUCCUGGGACGUCCAUGCUAUGCGAAGUUCAUGGCCAUCCCCAACUACACCUAUCUGAAGUUGAAGAUGCCGGGUCCGCGCGGGGUCAUCACCGUCGGCACCUCCUUCCAACGUGCCUACGAGUGCGAGGUCGAGUGUUGUGAACACACCAUGGCGAUUGUUGCCUCCGAAGAGCUCAUGGCCAUCAGGGAGAACCCCGUUGAAGGAAACCUCGACCCCAAGGAUGUCCUCAUAGACCCCAGCAGCUCCGAGGGCAAAGUGGAAAGCGCACUCGUCGACUUCCUCCGCAUCAACAGAGACAUCUUUGCAUGGAGACCCUCGGACAUGCCAGGCAUUCUAAGAGAAGUCACCGAGCAUGUCUUGAAGAUCAGGCCAUGCUCCAAGCCAGUGAAGCAGCGCCUACGUCGCUUUGACGAGGAGAAGCGUAGGGCCAUCGAUGAGGAGAUUGUGAAGCUUUUGGCGGCUGGAUUCAUCAACAAAGUGUAUCACCCUGAGUGGUUAGCCAAUCCUGUUCUUGUAAGAAAAAAGAGUGGGAAAUGGAGAAUGUGUGUUGAUUACACAGGUCACAACAAAGCGUGUCCAAAGGAUCCGUUUCCUUUACCACGCAUAGAUCAAGUAGUCGACUCGACCUUAGGAUGCGAAACCCUUUGCUUCCUUGAUGCGUACUCCAGAUAUCAUCAAAUCGCGAUGAAAGAGUCUGGCCAACUCACGACGUCUUUCAUCACCCCGUUCGGAUCGUUCUGCUAUGUCACUAUGCCGUUCGGUCUGAAAAACACGAGAGCCACAUAUCAGCGUUGUAUCCUCAAGUGUUUCGGGGACCUCAUCGGGCGAACCAUUGAGGCCUACAUAGACGACAUCAUGGUCAAGUCCAAAUGGGCUGACCAGCUCAUAGCCGACCUAGAGCAGACCUUCGCGAAACUCUAA